CAAUGUCAAAACAAAUAAUGCACAAAAAAUCAUCCAACAAUCUGCAAAUGUGUUGAAAAAAAGUAUAAAAUUGAAGAUUGUAAAACGAAGGAACUGUUUGCUACUUGUUUUUACCAAUCAUUUUCAUUUGCAGUUAUGCCGAAUGUUUAUCGAUAAUAUUAACAGUUAACAAUCAUUUAUGAUUCAAUAGCGACACUUAUUCGAAACAUGAGUUGAAAGUUGUCAAUGAUGAUAUUUAUUGAUAAAAACAAAGACGAUUUUGCAUAUCUUACGCUAUAGUAUCGUUAGUCGAUAAAGUACGCUGUUAUAUCGACUCGACACAGGAAAGUCGUUAAACAUUCUCGCAUAUACUGCCAGGUUAUUGGCCCGAUUGGUGGUUGGUGGGACUGAUGGAAAACAGAGUCUCAUUCGCUCGCUAACCGUCGAGCGUGCGUUAGUUUUGUUUGUUUCGGUCUCGUCGUGCAUAUUGUUUUUCUGCGUCGUGGAACAAAAUUGUACCGUGUAAUAUCAAAGGCUUUACAAAUCGCGACAAAUAAUAUUCGUGGGGGUGUUUUUUCCGUUUGUGAUGAAUCUGUGAAGUAUUGAAUGUUGUGUUUUAUCCUUCUAACCGUUUUACUGAAAAGUGCGCUUUGCGACUUUGUGCGACCGGCCUUGUUUUACUUUUGGAACUGAGGCGAACUCGACGAACUGGAAGGUUCUGAAAACAAUCGUAGCAGCAUUUCGAGCUUUAUUUCCAAAAUAUUCGGGGCACGGCAACACGAACCGUACCUGUCAUGUCGGUUCCUAUUUAAGAGCAGCAGGAUGUCGGCGAGCACCGCCACCGGGGGCGGUGGAGGGGGCAGCGGCGGAGGUGGAGGAGGGGUCGGGGGCGCCCUGACGUUGAUGGGCUGCGUGAGAGAAGCGUCGCCCCCCCCGCAGAACCAUCAUCAACAUCAUCAUCGAACGCUGGCCGAGUACUCUGCGCAGAACAGCGUCGAUCCCCUUCCCAAAGAGCCGAAGAAGCGGCGCUUCCACCCGCUUCGGGGCCUCAGGAAGAUCUUCCGUCGUAAGAGUCGGGGCGCGGCCGACGUUCGGCUGGGGGCCAACGCGGAUCGAGAGGCCGAGCUCGUGCGGGUGCCGAGGGAGGAGAUCACCGACAGACAUCCCGCGGGACGUGCCGAGGAGGCUCGCAGCAGGAGCGCCAGCGAGCUGCUCACCGACUCGUGCGAUCGUGACAGCGUGUUCCUCAGAAGGACGGGGAAUUCGAUAGAGGAUUCGUUCGUGAAGCUGAGAGGAGGAGCCGGAAAAUUGUCCGUUUCGCACGACAGCGUGUUCCCAGGGGAGGUGCCGCACACCCGACCGCUCUCGUCCCUGGCAAGCCUGGCCACCCUCGAGCGGAGGCAAACGAGGAAGAGCAACGAGAUCGAGCACAAGGAGUACAAUCUGCACGUGGUGCAGAGCCACAGGAUAUCCCUUCGGGUGCUGGAGCAAAUAAAGACGGUGAUAGAGAACCAGAACCAGCAGCUAGUCUCGGCCACAUCGUCGGAUUCCACGAGCGCCGUUCACAACCGUUUCGGCUACGAGAAGCAGGAGAGGAAAGAAGAGGAGGAGAAUCAGGCUAAGGUCUCAAAAUCGGCGGCCGAUCGUGUUGUGGCCAAAGAAGAUUUACCCGAGCUGGAAAGCGCCAGUUUGAGCCACACGGCGGCCCAUCAUCGAAUCUCGGUCCGGCCUAAAAAUCGAAGGCCGCCGAGGCGCAGCGGGUCGGCGGCAACUCCGACCAUCACCACGAUAGCCGAGGACUCGAGCAUUCGAAGCACGGUGAACAGCAGCGACACGGAAUCGAAGAGCGCGGCCUCGAUCGGGCGCAAAUCGUCCGCUCGUUCGUCCUCCGACAUCCUCGACGAGUUGAAGUGUAAAAAGCCGCCCCUGUCCCCGGACAGCCUGGACGCGGUGGAGGCGAGCGACGAGCAGCGAACCGCGGUGGAGAUCCGCAGGAAGUCGUCGACCAGGCGCGCCGAGAUGUUCGACGAGCUGGAGUCGAAGCUCCCCCGGCGGAGAUCGUCCUCGUCCAAGUCGCCCGACAGUUUGGAGGGCAACGGUUGGCUGUCCAAGUCGAGCGAGGGCUUCGAGAAGUUGAUGGAGGGGGAGGCGAGGCAACAGCCCCGAAGGUUGUCGAUCUCGAAGUCGAGCGAGCGCGUGUCCAAGUCGUCGGACAGUUUGGAGGCGAUAGAGGCGUUGGCCAGCGACGAGUCGACGAUCGAGCGGCGGAGGAGCAGCUUCGGCCAUCACAGGUCGAGGAACAUGUCCAAGUCGUCGGAGAGUUUCGAGCAGAUCGAGGCGGAGAAGAGGAGCAGCGUACCCGACAUCAACUUGUCACGGAGAAGGUUGUCGAAGAGCAUCUCGAAGUCGUCGGAGGAUUUCGAGAGGGUCGAGAUGAGCGGGUCGAAGGAGGAGGGGGGGGGCAAGCGUUGCUCGAGGAGGUCGUCGUCGAAGCGCGUGUCGUCCGAGAGCUCGGACAAUUUGGAGUCGGGGGAGGACAGGCUGGUGGAGGGGAGGAGGAUGAGAAGGGCGCCCAGGAGGAUACCGAGCACCAGCUACGUGGUGGACAUCGUGGACGACGGGCGGCACGUGGACGAGGAGGAGAGGAGACCGAUCGUGGUGAGGAAAGCGUGCAGGCUUCAGAAAUCGUCCGAGAGCUCGGAGCUCGGGAGCACGGACACUUUGGACUCCGAGAGGAGGAACAAGUCGUCCGAGAGCACCGAAACGUUGGACAGUUUGGAGAGAGAUUUGGAGAUUCAGGAGAGGAAAGGAGGGCAGGAGGAUGUUGCGGACACCGUGGCGGAUAGACGCGAGAAGAACGAUCUUUGGACCAAUAGAUCGUUGAUGAUGUCGCAUUCGGAUCAAAUGUCGGCGGAUAGCAGUAUCGAAGACUCUAAACCGUUGAUCUCGCCCGAGAAAUUCUAUUGGCGCCAAUCCUCGGAAUCGAAGGAGAACAUCGAUAUCCAUCAGCUGCUAGCCAUCACUAUAGUUACCAGAAUGGCCGACAACGGCAACAAUCAACGAAGCUCUGUGAUUUAUCCUAAGAAAAAGCAACAAAUCGCCACGUCGCAGCCUACCUCGCCGGUCGCAAAACAAGAGGACAACAAGAUGAUUUUUGACAAUCUCCUCGUCAGCAAGAACGACGAGGAUUUGCAAAAUAUGUUAAACGGUAAUAUAUCCGAAGUGUCCACGGAUACGAAGAGUUUCAAGGAGAAGCUGAUCAUGUUCGAGAAACUCGGGAAAUAAUAAAAAAAACACACACACGUGCGCGCGCAAUUCGCACACGCGUCGACAAAUAUGCGAUUAUUGCGUUCGAUUCAUUUUGGAAGACGAGUAGAAAAAGAAUCGAUGCGGAUAUAAAAAGAAAAAAAAAAAAAAAAAACGAUCAGAACGCCCCUUUUUCUGUAACUUUUUAUAUCUGGAUUUCAUUUGUAGACUGAAUAACGUUGUAUGGAAAUAACGAAACAACGAACGAAGAUGUGUUGUUCGAAGACUACGUAAAAAGAUGGACAAUAAUAUAAAAAAUCGUUACCUUAAAUUUUUAUAACGUUUUUUCACAAAACAUGUCUUCGUUUCAAACUUGAGCAAAGGUAAGGGAAAGAAGCAAGUGGAAAAUGGGAAUCGAUAUGUAAAAAGAAAAGAAAACAAAAACAAAAAAAAAAAAAAAGAAAAGUUCGCCUGUGGCGAGAAAGUUGUAACGUUAACGUAACUAGCUGUAAUUAUUUGCGAUUCGUGUGUUAUUUAACUUCCUUCCGUUGCAAUCCGUAUCUUUUUUUUUUUCUUUUUCUCUCUCCUUCUUCUUUUCUUAACAAACUUCGCAUACACGAUAAGAUAGCCGAUCAUACAAAAAAAUGCAGUAUUAGGUGGUGCGCGAUAUCGCAAAGCAAUAUACUCGCGCGUCGUGCUUACAAAUUCUUCUCGUGUUAGGAGUUAGUGUUUCUUGUUGUACAGUAGUUUAGAGACGCCAAUAAAUGUCGUGUUUCGUUCCACUGUGUAAAUACAAAGAAGAGAACCCCGUUACAGAAUUACAGACACGAUCGCGAACGAAAGAAAACGAAUUUAAAGAAAUAUAA